GUGCCAGCGGCGACAACAACUGCCGCCAGACAACCUGUCAACCGCCGCUCUCUUGUGUUCGAUUGCCCAGCAAGCAGCAUGAAGAUCCUAUACGUGACUGACGUGGAAGGCAACUGGGACUACUUCCUGCGCUUUAUCCAGACAGUCCAGACGAGUCCCCAUACGCUCAAUGCGCUCACGUUCACGGACGCGUCGCACACGCGUCUGGUCUUACAACGUGGCUACCAGUUUGUGUUUGGCGGCGAUGUCGGAGACAAAGGCGUUGGUACACUUCGACUCAUUCGUGUGCUCCUUGCCCUGAAGCAAGACUACCCGGACCGCGUCGUCUUGAUCGCGGGCAACCGCGACGUCAACAAGAUGCGUUGGACGUCGGAAUUCACAGACGUCGAGAUGGAUUUGAAGACCAUGGACCCUGGCAUCAAGAGUGGACCGCACUGGCUGCCAGAGACGACUCGCCAGCCUUUGGGCAUCAUCCCGUACCUGUCCAAGCUUGCCAGGAACGGACAGGACGUCCCCACUACCUCCACAUACAGCUCCUCUUCCAUCAACUACACGGCCUUGGACGCAGUCAACACAAAGGUUGAACGCAUGAAGUGGAUACUCGAGUGUACAAUGGGGUCGGGCGGGGAUUUUGAACGCCGUCGCAGGGAACUGGCUCUGCUUCAAGGGGCAACCACCAAUGCUUGUUGUUGUUCUUCUGAACCCGAUGACAGUGUCUUCCAAAAGAAGAAGGCCAUCUCUGACGAGAACGUGCUCGAUUCGUUCCUCGAGAGCGUCCAAGAAGGCGGCGACUUGCGCGCGUACCUCAAGCACUGCGUGUUGGGGGCGGUGCUUGGCUCGACGUUGCUUGUGCACGGCGGCAUCAUCAUGACCGCCAACGACGGCCGCGUCCGCAGCUGCUUGGGCCGCGUACCCCCCGCCGACUCGACAGUGUCGUACGCGGCAUGGGUCGCUGAACUUGACGCUCUACAUGAUGAGGAGGACCACGUGGUAGAAAAGGUGGACAUUCGGCAAUGGAUUGACGAAUUGAAUGGCUGGUAUGCCGCGCAGAUUCUAGAGUGGGAACGCUAUCCCACGUGGAAUGCUACCCAUACAUUUCGAGGUGGUGAAAAUCUCCAGCACUAUGUCAACACGGGCGCCGCGUACAGCGUCGUGAGCGGCCGUCACUUGGAACGCUCGGGCAUGCCAAAGCAGAUGCCCCAGGCCAUGACCACCCUCCUCUGGUCCCAGCAACUCCAUCGCAUGUUAGUCGGGCACACGCCCCACGGCAACGCCCCUACCAUCGUCAAACAUCGUGUUCUUCAAGAUGGUUCAUCUUCCCCCACUCGUGACUUCCAAGUCAUUAUGUGCGACACAAGUUAUAGCGAUAUGGACGCCCCAGACAUGCGCGGCCAGUGCGCGUCCAUGGUGGUCGUGACCCACCAUCCUCAUGGGACAUCCACAGACGGUCACGACGACGACAACAAGGAGGACGAUGUGACGGUUUGGGUCGAAGGGUUUAUUCACCAUGAACUGACCAACGUCCAUGAAAGCUACGGGUUUAACACGUCGGAGGACCCGUUUGUCGGCCGUGCACUGCGAACGGGCCAGUGGGUCAAGACGUUGCUGGCCCACGACCGGUACUUGGUGUGUGUAGUGAAAGACUCGCGCGCUUAUACGUACUCGGUCAAGUCGAGGGACGAAGUUUGCGAAGCGGCGGUUCUAGUAUGAUGGCGUUUACAGAGAGAAUGAUUUUGCCUAACGUAAAAGUCCAAUUUAAGGU